UUGUACGUGCAAUUUUGCCCAAAGCUGUUGACAUCGCACUGGUCUUUAAAUGACUCGUGACAGCAUCUGAGUGGAUGAAGUAAGUACAGGAUUCAUUUUCUGCCCGUUGAACUAAAACCAGCCCCUACUGGAUGAGCAAGUGACGCACGCAGACAGUUUUGGGACACCCCCUUUUUCUAGUAAAAAAGCAACUGCUCACGGAACAAGGAAGAGAUAUAGUUACACCAUUUCGUGCUGUUCAUGUCAGCUGGGGCCUGACCUCUCAUCUUUGCCGGCCAGUAAGCCUGACCUGGAGAGCUCCUGAGAUGGCCAGACCAAGCUCAAAUUUAGCAGAGUUUCGGAAGGAGUUUGCCAAAGCAAAGCACAUUGCUAUCAUUACUGGGGCUGGAGUUAGUGCAGAGAGCGGAGUACCAACUUUCAGGGGACAGGGGGGCUACUGGAGGAAAUGGCAGGCACAGGAUUUGGCCACUCCAAGUGCCUUCUCUCGAGAUCCGUCUUUAGUGUGGGAGUUCUACCAUUACAGACGUGAGGUAAUGCGAAGCAAGUUGCCUAACCCAGCACACCUGGCUAUAGCGGAGUGUGAGUCCCGUCUUAGCAAGCAGGGGCGCUCUGUUGUGGUCAUCACUCAGAAUAUUGAUGAGCUGCACCAUCGUGCUGGUUCCAAACAUGUCUAUGAGAUCCACGGUAGUUUAUUUAAAACUCGUUGCAUGAGCUGUGGAGAGGUCAAGGCCAACCAUAAGAGUCCAAUCUGCCCUGCCCUGGAAGGGAAAGGAGAACCUGACCCCAGUGCCAAGGAUGCUAGAAUACCAGUGGAGCACCUGCCCAGAUGUGAGAGGAGAUUUUGUAAUGGUUUACUCAGGCCCCAUGUGGUUUGGUUUGGAGAAACUCUGGACGCUGAUAUUCUCACCAGCGUGGAGCAGGAGCUGGAAAAGUGUGAUCUCUGUUUAGUUGUGGGCACCUCCUCCGUAGUUUACCCAGCGGCCAUGUUUGCUCCGCAGGUGGCAGCUAGAGGAGUGCCUGUAGCUGAAUUUAACAUGGAAUGCACACCUGCCACUAAGAACUUUAUGUAUCACUUUGAAGGUCCAUGUGGCAUCACACUGCCUCCUGCGCUGGCAGUCCAUGAAACUGAUGUCAUUUAGGAAGAAAGAAAACAUGAUCAAACCAUUCACACCCACUGCAUAUAGAGAUUUGCAAUUUGGCCAGAAUUUAAUUCUUAAAAUUAAAAUGUACAUCACGUCUG